UCAGUAGUCGGUGAUUCCCAAAUAUAAAUAAUCCAAAAGUCCGAAGUGAAACAGUUUUAUGAAUCUAUUUAUCUAAAAUAACCUGUAAGGCGUUUAAAUCAAAAUUUAAUGUUCUCUUUCUACAAUUAAAAUGCCUAUAAAUACUGAAGACGAAUUUACGGACUUUAAAUUACCACCAAUAUUCGAAGAUUUAAACGAACGAGUAAAAGAAUAUAUUUUAAAACCGGAAAGGCUCUCUAUACAUAAAUGGGAGCGAUCCCAAACUCACUGGCAUCGGAAGACUGAUAUAGAUUCUCUAAUUAAAACUGACGAUGAAGAUUUUGGUCCAGACUCGACUCUAGAGGUGGUUAGAGACCCAUUAACAGGUGAAAUUAUUGGUUUAGAAGAAAUAAGUAUACCAAUUGAAGAUGAUGAGAAAUCCUUAUCUAUGUCCCGGGCACCAUUGCCCCCAAGCCUUGCUACAAGAGGUACAACUACUCAGAGCCCAUUUCUACCAGCUGGAUUUGAGGAGGAACUUCAAAAAAUCCUGGAUGAAGCCCAGUUUGUUGAUAUUAACAUUGAUUUGAAUAAUGAUGAACAAGGAAAAUUUUUAGGGGAAGAUCUAUUAACUACACCACCAGGCAGCAAGGAAGGUGUUUUAUUUGGUGAAGAUGGAGUCACAGUUCUGAACCAACCCAAUAAUGAAGUAGCUGAAAAAACUGAAACACCAAAAAAUAUAGAUAUACAAAAUGAAAUUAAUUUGGAAGAAGUUGUGGAUAGUAAUGCACAUUUAGUAGAUUUCUGGAAAGAUGAUGAUGAACCACAAGUAAAACAGCAAAAACCAGUAAAUAAAAUUAAAACAGAAACUGUGCAGACCGAUGAUGAUAAUUUCCUUGAGAGUACUGUGAUAAAACCACCAGUAGAAUUACCAGAAAUACCAGUUCUGAAUAUCACAAGCAACACUUUGAAGGCAGGAGUCACAUCUACUGAAUGGGCUGAGAUGAUAGAUGUAUCUCUGCCAGUUCCAGAGUUUACUGAGAAUAUAAAAGACAUGGCCCACUCAUAUCCAUUUGAAUUGGAUAAUUUUCAAAAACAGGCUAUUUUGAAAUUGGAAGAAGGACACCAUGUGUUCGUGGCGGCACACACCUCUGCCGGAAAAACUGUUGUUGCAGAAUAUGCUAUAGCAAUGUCAAGACGAAAUUGCACUAGAGCAAUCUACACAUCUCCUAUCAAAGCACUCUCUAACCAGAAAUACAAUGACUUCAACAAACUGUUUGGUGAAGUCGGCUUGCUGACAGGAGACUUGCAAAUCAAUGCGACGGCGUCUUGCCUCGUCAUGACCACGGAAAUCUUGCGCUCGAUGUUGUACUGCGGUUCUGAUGUCACCAGGGACCUUGAGUUUGUUAUAUUUGAUGAAGUUCAUUACAUCAACAAUACAGAGCGAGGCUACGUAUGGGAGGAAGUGUUGAUCUUACUGCCGGCGCACGUUAGCAUCGUGAUGCUGAGCGCCACUGUGCCCAACACGUUACAGUUCGCUGACUGGGUCGGCCGCACCAAGAAACGGAAAGUGUAUGUCGUCUCCACACCCAAACGACCUGUGCCGCUCUGCCAUUAUUUGUACACAGGUACAAAUGGCAAAACGAAGAACGAGAGGUUCCUUGUAUUGGAUCACGAGGGCCAAUUCCAAUUGCGUGGAUACAAUGAAGCUGUUGCGGCUAAGAAAGCUAGAGAAAGCGAUAACAAAAAGAGCUUUGGUCCCAAAGGUGGUAAGCAGUAUUCCAAUCCGAAAGCAGACCAAACGAUGUGGAUAGCAUUUAUAGAUCAUUUAAGGCAGAAAGACAAACUUCCUGUAGUGGCAUUCACACUUUCUAGAAAUAGGUGCGACCAGAAUGCUGAAAAUUUAAUGUCAGUGGAUUUGACAACGGCUAAAGAAAAGGGCCACAUCCGUUCAUUCUUUUUGAAGUGUUUACAAAGACUAAAAGAACCUGACAGAGAACUACCUCAGGUUAAGAGAUUGCAAAAUGUACUCGAAAAUGGUAUUGGGGUACAUCACAGUGGUAUUCUGCCUUUGUUAAAGGAAAUUGUUGAGAUGUUGUUCCAAUCUGGUUAUGUGAAAAUACUAUUCGCGACAGAGACGUUCGCGAUGGGCGUAAAUAUGCCAGCCCGUACCGUGGUGUUCGACGAAACGACCAAGUUUGACGGACUGCAGCGGCGGACACUACUGCCCGCCGAGUACAUACAGAUGGCGGGACGAGCGGGCCGUAGAGGUCUGGAUGAUACGGGUACUGUGAUAAUACUUUGUAAGGACGGCGUGCCAGAUCUGAUGACUCUAAAAGGCAUGAUGAUGGGCAUCCCAGAGAAGCUCACCUCACAAUUCAGGCUUACAUAUGCAAUGAUACUCAGUUUACUGCGAGUAGCUACAGUAUCAGUAGAAGGCAUGAUGCAGCGAUCGUUCCGCGAGAUCAACCAAAUAGUCCAGUCAGACAACUACAAAAAGCAAUUGCUGCUAGCCGAAAAGGAAUAUUCUGAGAAGUGCAGUACACCGCUCGCAUCCCACCUCGCGCCCCUUGCUACCUUCUACGACAACGCGUCCACGUAUAUCGAUAUUUUGAAUAAUAUCAUGCCUGUAUUGUUGAGUCAGUCCAAGGUGGCUAAAGAAAUAGUACCGGGCAAGAUAUUCAUUAUAUCCGCUGGACCAUACAUUAAUCAGUUGGGCGUUUAUUUAAAUAAUAACGGUCCUCGCCAGACCCCAUACAAGGUAUUGGUGCUAAACACAGCUGAACAAGACACCAAUAGAUAUAACUUCGACAUCGACGAAAACUGGUUCAGAAUACUCGGCUUCUCAACUAUGUAUGACGGCAUUGGAACGGAAGAAAGCACCUUGGAUCACACUAUACUCUGCAUUGGACCAAAGAACAUAGUUGCCAUUACCAAAACGACUAUUAAAAUCGAUGUCAAUCUUGUUAUACAAGACUGGGAAAAACGACAGAUUCCACGAUUCAAAGAUGCCCCAGUAGGGUCCAGCUGUGGGAGUGUAGUACAAGAGCUAUCCAGGCUCUCCCACGCGGUCCGGACGGGAGCGACUAAUUUGGAGUACAUAAACCUGAAGCAGUCACUACCUGUCACUUCAGGCGAAUUGCUGCAUCUUCUCGAUGACAUGGCUGAGUAUGAGGAAAAAUUGAAAACACAAAAGAAAUACACAGACAUAGCUAAUUUUAAGAGCGAAUUCGCGAUCGUGUACGAACGCAAGCAGACUGAGCGCAAGCGAGACAAAUACAAGCGACUGCUGUCAUUUGAGAACCUCGCGCUAUACCCGGACUACCAGCGGAGGUUACUGGUACUGCGAGAACUCAAAUACAUUGAUGAACACGACAGUGUUAUGUUAAAAGGUCGCGUGGCAUGCGGAAUGGGUACAAACGAGCUCAUAAUAUCAGAGCUGGUGUUCCGCAACGUGUUCACCGACAAGAGUCCGGCGGAGAUCGCCGCACUACUCAGCUGCUUCGUGUUCCAAGCGCGUACGCAGAUAGAGCCAGUCCUAACAGAAAAGCUCGCGGAGGGAUGCAAGGCUAUCGAGGAAAUAGAUAACGACCUUAUGAAAAUUGAAGCCAAUUAUAUGGUAAAUCAGUUUGAGGGCCAGCCAGAUCGAUUGAACUUUGGCUUAGUGAGAGUGGUGUAUGAGUGGGCCCUGGAAAAACCUUUUGCUGAAAUCAUGGAUCUUACUGACGUACAAGAGGGCAUCAUCGUAAGGUGUAUACAGCAACUUCACGAGUUACUAAUAGACGUGAAAGACGCCGCGGUAGCUAUAGGCGACCCGAAAUUACAAGCUAAGAUGAUGGAAGCAUCCACCGCUAUUAAGAGAGACAUCGUGUUCGCCGCCAGUCUCUAUACCACACAGAAAGAAACUGUUACGGUGUGAAUAACAUAUUAUAUAGAGACACAAGACUUUUGGCUACAUUUAUAUAUAAAAAAAUAAUAAAUGAAAUUUAUUCGAAACAAUGUAAACAUUUACAAUAUAUUAUUUUAUUAGACAAAAAUAAUUAUUGUAUUUAUAUUUUACUAUUUACAAGGAAUCUUUUCUAUUGAAAAUAUGCUUAAAUAUCAUUAAUUAUAAAUCUGAAAUCUAAUUCUAGAUACGUAUAUUAAUAUAUAAAUAAAAGAAAUGUCAAUGUCAAAGUAACAUCUCGAGAUAGUCAACAUUCCUCUAUACAGUUCAAGGUCAACUAUUACUAAUAGCUAUGACCGCAUUUCCUUCGCGAUAAAUUAUAUAUUAUUUUCAUUAAUGUAUAGUAGAUUUUUCUUAACUUACAAAUAGUUAAGUAAAUAUCUAUUUUGAAUAUAUACUCAAAUUACAACUGUAUUUAAGGAAACAUGUUUUAAUGCCUAUGUCUAAUAAAGAUCUAAAUAUAUUCAGUUAUUAAAUUAAAAAAAAUAAAGGCAUCAUGAAUAUAAAAAGACAAUAGUAAAAUGUUUAGAGUAUUUUAAAAUAUUUGUUAGGUAUUACUUUUCCAGUUUAUAGUUCCAUAGAAUUCUGGCACAAAUUUAUGAAAAAAUUUUUUUUAGUAUUACAACUUCUUUGUUUACAUUUUUAUAUUUGAAUUAGAUUUCAGAUUAAAUUUUAGUAUCUUUACACAACAUUGUGUGUAAACAUGGCUAUUUUAUUUUACAACUUACUAGUUAUGAUCUCUUGUGUUAUAUUAUUAUUUUACUUAUACUUGAAAUAAAUUUUUCUUUAAAUACA